GGGAGAAGGUUGUGGUCUACAAAUUUUAGUAGUGAGGGGUGUUAGGCAAGUUCUUAGUGGCUAUGCGGAAGGUGCGAAGAGGUUUGUCCAAAAGGUAAUGCAAGAGCUACAAGUUGACGUGUUGCAAGUAAAAGAGGAUUGUGUAGCGAGUAGAUUGUCUAAAUGGUAA